CGAUUGGAAAAGGGACCUAAUACUCUUACCAAAGAAGAAAACCAAGAAAAAGCUACAGAGGAACCUGAGCAGGAGGACGAUUCGGUGGAGAAAGUGAAAAAGGAGAAACCCGACGCUUUUUUACUAGCACUCAAUGCUGUUAAUGAUUA